UGCUUCCUGGCCAGGGAUGGGGCUGGAGCUGUGGGAGCCUGUCCUGGGCACAGCUGGGAAUGGGGCCCUUCCUGGGCACAACCUGGGAUCACGGGCAGAGAUGCGUAGAGGUAUUCUUCAAUCUUCCGCGCACACAGGAACUAUUUCCUGACAAAGUAUCUUUUUUCCUGGCAUUGCUGAACAGCAGCACCAAUCCCAUUGUUUAUUUCCUGGUGGGCAGCUGCCGGCGACACCGGAUCCAGGGCUCUGUGAAAGCUGCCUUCCGUCGAGUGUUCGAAGAGAAGGCAGUGAGCGAGGAGGGGAGCCGCACACCCAGGGACAUGGCGUCGGAGACUGCUGUGUGAGGCCCUGCUGGGGAGGAGACCUGGAGGCACAGAGCCUGGCAGGCAGCUCAGAUCCUGCCUGCUGCGGGGAGGGACCACAGCUGGAGCUGGGCAGGGGGCACGUAUGGCACGGAGCUGGCACGGCACUGCCCGGCCAGGCUCAGUCCCCACGCAUGUGCUGUCUUCCCCAUUGUAAUGCCCCUCAUCGCGCUGGUCCUAUGAAUAAACUCUGGCUCCCUCUGGUUGGCA